ACUAGCCACGUGACUCCCCUCCUGUCUUCCUGGGCUGGAAAGCAGGGGAGGUUGCAACAAGUUAAAGCAGAAGAUUGAAGCGAGAGCUGGUUCAGGCAGCCACUCUAGCUGCACUAGACCUCCACAACUAUGGCCUCCUGCCCGGACUCAGAUAAUAGCUGGGUGCUUGCUGGCUCUGAGACUCUCCCUGUAGAGACUCUGGGCCCCGAGUCCAGGAUGGACCCAGAAGAAGCCCCCCAGGCCCUUCAGGACUCCUCCAAGGCAGAUGGUAGAGAAUCAGCUGGGACCUUGGACGGAGAAGAGACGCUUUUCCAGACGGAAAGUUCCCAGGGCGAAGGUACUGCUCUGCCAGAAGAGUCUGAGGCCAAGGGUGCUCUGGGCAGUGAUGACGGUCAUGGGACGAAGCCCCCAGGAGACACAGUGGUCCAGGAAGAUUUGCAGGAGACUCCUAUGGUGACAAGCCUUGGACCAGACACACAGGACCUGGAGAGUGAUAUCCACCCACAGAACCUGCCCUCAAGUCCCAGAGCAGUUUGGAAAGAGCAUGGCUGCUCUAGCAGUGAUGAUGACACUGAUGUAGAUGUGGAGGGUCUUCGGAGACGGAGGGGCCGAGAGCCUAGCCCACCCCAGCCCAUGGCAGCCGUGGAUGGAGAGGACCAGGCCAAGGGCGAGGGUAUAGGAGAGCUGGGCAUCUCUCUCAACAUGUGUUUCCUGGGGGCCCUGGUUCUUCUGGGCCUGGGGAUCCUCCUGUUCUCUGGCGCACUGCUGGAGCCCGAGACUGGGCCCGUGGAGGAAGCCGAAUUGCAGGUCUUUCCAGAGACUGAGCUGGUACAGACUGUGGGGAACAGGCAGGAUGAGGUAGAGCAGCUGCAGGCCUCAGUACCACCUGACAGUGUCCCCAGCCUGCAAAGCAUGGGGCUUCUGCUGGACAAGCUGGCCAAGGAGAACCAGGAUAUCCGGCUGUUGCAGGCUCAGCUGCAGGCUCAGAAAGAAGAGCUUCAGAGCCUGUUGCACCAGCCCAAAGGGCUGGAAGAGGAGAAUGCCCGGCUCCGGGAAGCCCUGCAGCAGGGCAAGACCUCCCACCAGGCCCUAGAGUCAGAACUGCAGCAGCUAAGGGCCCGACUCCAAGGGCUUGAGGCUAACUGUGUCCGGGGUGUGGAUGGGGUGUGUCUCAACUGGGGUGGAAGUCCACAGGGUGGCAAGGCCACUACAGAACAAGGCCACAAGGGGCAGGAACCAGACCCCAGCUUAUUGGAGCAGCAUAAGCAGCUUGAGGCCGAGGCCAAGGCCCUAAGGCAGGAGCUGCAGAAACAGUGGCAGCUGUUGGGCUCUGUGCACCGCGACCUGCAGAGGGGCUUGCAGGAUGCCGGCCGAGGAGCCCCAGCUCACGCUGGCCUGGCUGAACUUGGUCACAUGCUGGCUCAGACACUGCAGGGCCUAGAGAGUCAGGGUAUUAACACUGGCAGGUCUUCCAAUGACUCCGAGGCCUGGCACCAGAAGAAGCCUCGCUUCCAGCAUCCCAGGGAGUGGAGUGGGAGGGAGAAGUGGCGUGGGGGGCAGAGGGAUCAGAAGGCUGAGCACUGGAAGCUGAAGAAGGAGGAAUCUGGCCAGGACAGGAAGAAGAGCUGGAGGGAUGAGGGCAGGGAAUACACGGGGCACUGGAAGGAGAACAGGCCGAGGGCCGAAGAAUCGGGGAGCAGAAAGGACAGCAAGCGACAGGACCCCAAGGUACACCCUAGGAAAAGUGGGAACUCCCACUCUGGGGAAAGGCAGAAGCAUUCUUGGGGGAAAGACAACAGCCCUGACUCUGUGUCCUGGGAGGAGCUGCUAAGGCGCAAGUACCGGCCCCCUCAGGGCUGUUCAGGCGUGGCCGACUGUGCCCGGCAGGAGGGCCUGGCCCUCUUUGGUGUGGAGCUGGCCCCUGUGCGGCAGCAGGAGCUGGCCUCUGUGCUGAGGGAAUACUUGGCUCGGCUGCCCUGGGCCGGACAGCUGACCAAAGAGCUGCCCCUCUCACCUGCUUACUUUGGAGAAGAUGGCAUCUUCAGGCAUGACCGCCUUCGCUUCAGGGAUUUUGUGGAUGCCCUGGAGGACAGCCUGGAGGAGGUGGCACUGAAAGAAACAGGUGACGAUGAUGAAGUGGAUGACUUUGAGGACUUCAUCUUCAGCCACUUCUUUGGAGACAAGGCACUGAAGAAGAGGUCAAAGAAGAAGGAGAAGCAGCCUUGGAACCACAGAGCUGUGGGGCCCAGGGAAGAGCACAGCCGCCAUCCCCACCACUACCACCAAGGCUGAGCCCUGCUCCUGCUGCAACCACUGGCCUUGGCAUGCACCCAGCUAAAGAUCCCUGGAAUUAUGUGACCCAUGCUCACACUGUCCAGUGGGCUCCUCCUGGCUCGUUAGUGCCCUUGGACGUCCUUCACAGAAAAGAGCAAAGCACUCGGCCCUGCACUGGUACCACUUUUGCUUAAAAAAGGCCGUAGUUGACACUACUGAACUGUUUAAACAAAUGUAUGCAAAUGAUAAAGGCCCUGGGUACUAAGUAUCCUGUAGGAGCCUGCUGGGGAGGACUCUUAUUCUGAAGCCAGAGAGCUGUCCUUUCUUGUGGCUAUCCUGGGUCCACAGCACAGCUUACCACUACCCUGCACUGGAGCUGCUGGUUGGAGACUUAGCUCCGGACUUGCCUUGGGGUUUUUGUUAGCUUUGGAGACAGCUGUCGCUAAGCCCGAGGAACCCACACCAUGCCUCUUGUGGCUUUCACCUCCCCACCUGAACUGUACACCAUGGUAGGGCUCUGUCACUUGAGGUGGUCUCUAAGUGCAAGGGGACACCUUGCAGCCACCACUCCAGUGUUUGGGCACAAUCUAGACACUGCACUCAACCUUUUUCCCUUUCUGCCCUCAGCCUUCCCGUCUGUUCCCCAUGUUCACCCACCUUUCCCAAGGAAUCUAGCCUUGAGUCCAGCCACCAAUUGUCUCACAAUACACAGUGUGGUAUUCUUAUCCUCUGAAAGAGGGCUGAAGGGCUGAGAAUGGAGUCAAUAAAGCAAGGAAACAAACAUCCUGUUUCUGCCACACAA